AGCCACAACAGCCAGCGGCAACAGCAGCAGCAAGAAAGCAGAAAAUGACUCGACAAAAUUAAAAAUCCGAUUUUUAAUUUCUAAAACCCUAACUAUAACAGCUAACAAAACAAAAAUUCCCAAUCUUUCUCUAUUUCUUUCUCAAUAACUAUAAAAUCUCUAAAACUUAGACACAACCAAAUUAGAAACGAAAAAAAAUGGCAAUACUUCAAAUUCAAGUUCUAUCAAACCCAAAUGCGUCAUCGUCUUCUUCUUUUCACCAUCAAAAGCUCUCUCUUCCCCAUAGAACUACGCGUAGUAAUGUUUCUAAACGCCAUUUUUCCAGUUAUAGUGCUGUUUCCUGCUCCUUUAGCUCUGUUGAGUCUGCCAAAAUUAAAGUAGUUGGCGUUGGCGGUGGCGGUAACAAUGCUGUUAAUCGCAUGAUUGGCAGUGGUUUGCACGGUGUUGAUUUUUAUGCUAUAAACACCGAUUCUCAAGCAUUAGUACAGUCUGCUGCUCAGAACCCGCUUCAGAUUGGAGAGCUUUUGACUCGUGGACUAGGUACUGGUGGGAACCCGCUUUUGGGGGAGCAGGCGGCUGAGGAGUCUAAAGAUGCCAUUGCGAAUGCUCUUAAGGGCUCUGAUCUUGUUUUCAUUACGGCUGGCAUGGGUGGAGGUACGGGCUCUGGUGCUGCCCCGGUUGUAGCUCAGAUUUCAAAGGAUGCUGGAUAUUUGACUGUUGGUGUUGUUACUUAUCCUUUCAGUUUUGAGGGGCGUAAGCGAUCACUACAGGCGUUAGAGGCUAUCGAGAAAUUACAAAAAAAUGUCGAUACUCUCAUAGUGAUACCCAACGACCGGCUACUUGAUAUUGCUGAUGAGCAGACACCCCUUCAGGAUGCUUUCCUUCUUGCUGAUGAUGUUCUACGCCAAGGGGUGCAAGGAAUUUCAGAUAUUAUCACAAUACCUGGACUGGUUAAUGUGGAUUUUGCAGAUGUAAAAGCUGUCAUGAAGGAUUCUGGUACAGCAAUGCUCGGAGUUGGAGUUUCCUCUAGCAAAAAUCGUGCUGAAGAAGCAGCUGAACAAGCAACCUUGGCUCCCCUGAUCGGUUCAUCAAUUCAGUCAGCAACUGGAGUAGUUUAUAACAUCACAGGAGGGAAAGACAUAACAUUGCAGGAAGUGAACAGAGUGUCCCAGGUCGUUACAAGCUUAGCGGAUCCAUCUGCUAACAUAAUAUUCGGGGCUGUUGUGGAUGACCGAUAUAACGGAGAGAUUCAUGUAACCAUUAUUGCAACUGGCUUUUCGCAAUCAUUUCAGAAGAUACUUCUAGCAGAUCCCAAGGCUGCCAAACUUCUGGAGAGAAUGGCAGGAAGCCAAGAGAGCAAUCUGAAGUCCUCAACCUCACCUUCCACGGUGCCUUCUAGAUCGUCGCCACCUCCAAGAAGGCUCUUCUUUUGAUAAUUAUUUUGAUUUUUUUGUAACUCCAUUUCUGUUUUACUGAUUUGAGUAGAGAAGUAGAGGUGUGAGUAAUUUCUCCUCCUGCAAUUGCCCUGUGUAUUAUUGUGAAUUUCAAAUCGUAUCAUUCAGUUUUGUUCCAGCUUAAACAUUA